GAACUUUAGUACAUUGUCUCGAGCUGUUUUGCUUACAGUGAGUCAGAAGCUCGAAAAGAAGCGAAGUCGACCGAGAAUUUAGCAUACAAAAACAUAUAACGGGUUUUAUUUCCUUUUUACCACAUUCAAGCCCAGUUAUGCCAUCCGAUAGGCCCUUCAAACAGAGACGGAGCUUUGCUGAUCGUUGCAAGGAAGUGCAGCAGAUACGAGAGCAGCAUUCCAAUAAAAUUCCGGUGAUCAUUGAGAGGUAUAAGGGGGAAAAGCAACUUCCCGUCUUGGACAAGACCAAGUUCCUCGUUCCUGACCACGUUAACAUGAGUGAGCUGAUAAAAAUAAUCAGGCGUAGACUGCAGCUCAACCCCACCCAGGCGUUUUUCCUUCUCGUCAAUCAGCACAGCAUGGUCAGUGUGUCCACCCCCAUUUCUGAGAUCUACGAACAAGAGCGAGAUGAAGAUGGCUUCCUCUACAUGGUUUACGCCUCCCAAGAAACCUUUGGUCGCUAAGCCAGCCACUCGCCGUUUGAGAGAGGGACAGCAGAGGGAGCAAGAGACGUUAACAGGAAGCAGGCUCACCCAAUGUACUCAUCAUCCCUACUCUUUCCUUGCUGGUGUGAAACAAAAUCAAGCCGUUGUUUUUUCUCCAUGUGUCACUACAGUGCAAACCACAGCACAACCAUAAACACUAUUCAGACCGUUUGCCCCAUUUUUUAUAAGCUCAAUGUAGGUAUUACAAUGUUAAUACUUUGUAUUUGAUGCCAGUUGCUUUUUCCCUGGCAUUUUAUUACCUUUAGGCAGGUAUGUCAUAUAAUUAGUAGCAUAUGUUCUUGUAAAUAAGUGAGUGUUUUAUUUUUUUCUUUGUUUAGUGGUGCGUGUGUAAGAUUGUAAAAUCUUACUUCAGAAUUAAGUGCUUAUUAAUCAGAAUGCAGCGUAGUUCUCAUCACAUUUCCUGUCAGACGCAUUCUGUGGUUCCCAAAACAAAACUGUAAAGAGACCAGUGGCUCCAAAGGUGCAGUUAUUCAAAUUAAUUGAAGUAUCAGAGGGUUUCUGAAGCCUUUAUGAGCCUGGGUUUAUUUCUGGGCUCCUGUGUAAAAAUAACUCAUCAUUCACUCAUUGUAGAAUAAAGAUACUGCCUGACAGUAACUGUACUCAGAAGCCACUUUGAUCUGUACUGUACACAUGUGAGCCUAAAGAACCUCAGAUCUUUUGGCAUCUGAGAGUAUUCUGCAGUCCGACUCACAUAAUCUUUAGUAGAUGCGAAUAAAUUGCUUUUUUUGCACAAUUAAAACAUCUAAGAUGACAAAACGAUUAGAAGUUCAACAAUUAUAGUACAUGGAUAUAUAUUCUCCUUUAUUCUUGUUUUUUUCUUUCUCCUUUGUCACCAUACGAGCUGUAUGCCUUCUGUUAAAUCUCUUAAUGAAGGGAUUGUGAUGCAUACUUUGCAUGAUUUUUCUCAUCCUUUUUUUAUAUUGAUUUAUGCAAUAGAUUUGUUAAUUAUUUCAGCUUUAUUUAAAGCUAAAAUACCAGAAAGACUUUGUAGAUGUUUUGAAAAAAAGAAAAGAAAAAAACUGAAAUAUGUAUGUCUAGGUAUGUUUGAAAUGUUUGAAAAAUCUGUGUGUAUAAAUCAUUGUACGAAAUGAU